CGUUCCUCGGGCUCAUUCCGUGUCGUAUCUUUUCUCGGCCACCAGAUCAAUCCAAGGACAUGCAGGAUGGCAACUGAUUGGCGCGAACUUUCCCGCGUCUCGUUACCAAGCCCUGCACGGGCCAGUAGCCCCAGUUCAUCACAGUCCCAACCUCCGCAGAAGAACAGCCUCGCUUGUGAGCGGUGCUUCAAGCGGAAGCAGAAGUGCGAUAGAUUGCGUCCGGCAUGUACCUCGUGUGCAGAUCUUGGCGUUGAGUGCAUCGCUCGGUCUCACCAGUUUGACUUUAAUGGUGAGGAUACCACUCUGACACAUGCAAGAGUCAAUGGCUAUGUUGAGUCUCUGAGACGACGUGUUGCUGGGCUUGAACAAAAGAUCAAGAUUGCUGAGCAGAAACAUGUUCAAGCCAGACAUGCUUCCUUUGGCACAGCAGAUGCUGUCUCACCAAUCAAUGGCAAACGCCGAAGGUCAAAUUAUGGAUCUAUGUCAUCUGCGCUGGUGAAUGAACCUACUGCUAGCAGUGGAGAGGAGCAGUCAAGUGUCCAGGACACCAUGAGCGCCAUUGGCCUCUUGUCUAACAAGGCUAUGGCUGAAUCUCGAACUAAUACAGGUGACAAGCCACAUAAACUCGCCAUUAUUGAGUCGAUAUCGGCCGCUUUGGCUGUAGAUGGUCGAGACCCUUCAAAAGCCUCGUCGUCGCAGCCUGUGUAUGUAAUGGAUGACCAACUCAUCCCACUUACACGCGACUUGACGCUCGGCCACUUCCAGCGAAUUCUUGACUGGAGCGUUUGGCUUCCGCAUAUUGAUGAGCAACGCUUACUAGAGCAGUACGAGGCUGUACUAGACAUGAGCAACCAAGGUGUCGAUCCAGCUAGAACCGCAUUGCCUCGCUUCAAUACAUACCUGGCUGUAGCAAUAGGCAUCAGCAUGUCGCGAGAUGCAAGUCGCCUAUCUUCGCUGGCUACUAAUCUCCACGCUGCAGCUGUGAAGCUAUUGCCCUUCAUUCUCCACUCUCAAGAGCCUCUUGAUACCCUGCAUUGCAUGCUUCUGCUUGCGGUAUUCUCAAUGUUCAGUGCUGCCGGUGGAUCAACCUGGCACCUUAUGGGCUUCAUUAUGACGAACUGCAUAGCCGCAGGUUUACACAAGACAGUACCGCCACGGAAUGCAUCAGAUUCAGAAUACACUUAUCGGGCAGAAUGGUUGUUCUGGAGCGUAUAUCUUUGGGAUCGAUCUUUGGCGUCGGCUAUGGGUAGACCGUUUAGUAUCACUGACGGUGACAUAUCAGUUUCUGUACCAGAUGUGACAGAAGAUGAGACGGAACCUCGCCUAUCGGGAGCAGUGAGAAAUAAGCUUGCUUUGAGUAAACAUCUCAUCACGCAUGCCCAGCUCAUUGCAGACAUCCGUGGAAGCCACCGUUCUAGCCCACUGUUUUCCUACAGCAACCUGUGCUUCUGGCGAGAGUUUCCUCCACAAAACGGCGGCACUAAUACCCCAACAAGCCCCCAAUUUGACUACCUGGAUCAGCUAGCAUGUCGGGCACUGAUCCUAAUGGUCGAUGCCCCCGAUAAUAGCUUGGCAAACCCUGACCUCAAGACAGAAGACUCCGUUAAGGUUGAGUCCGAUACACUUAGUUGCUGCAAGGCACUCAUUGAGAAACUCUAUAACAGGUCCGGGAGUGGCACCACGGUAUCUUUCCUAGACGCAUAUGAUAUCUUGGCAGCUGCGGUAGCUUAUGUUUGGCUCGUGCAGCGCACACCACAGCCGAACCAACAAGGCUUGACGCAAACUUUUGAAGUAGUGAGCAAAGCCUCUAUACUGCUAACACAGUGCUCAUCCAAAUUCUCUGCAUUGAGUGUCUUUCAGCAGUUCCUCCUAUCACUAUCUACCAAGGUCAUGGAAGGACAGGGCAAUCUGCAGAAUUAUCAGGACUUCAUACCCCCGGAGGUCCCAAGUCAUCUACGUCGUAUAGUGCAGCGCUAUUCCUCAACAGGAACGAUCAGUAACUCGCUUUGACCGCCAUGACCUGAUUCAAUACUACUCUCCCCCAGACCUUUCCUCGGGCCAAGUCCGUCGGUUGUCAAUCAUGAAGUUUUAUUGGUGGAUAAUGGCCGACGGGUUGAGUCCGAACGCUAGCCCCCGCGAAUGUUGCACUCUAUCUUGUAAGGUUAUUCCACAAACGCGGGGAUGCGGGGGUGACGCGGUAGUGAAGCUCGGAUGGAAGAGC